AUGGGAGAAUCUGCUGGAUCAACUGUGCGUGUUCCGCCAUCCUCGUUGAGAUUGAUAUUGUAUUUUGGCAUGUGUUGUGCGGUCACUGCUCACAUCAAUAAGCACUGUACUUCGUACGAUGAGAAUCUCUUCAAAGAUGCUAGAAGUGGAUUUAGCUGCAGUUUUAGUCCAGGACUUGGACCUUACAGCGAAUGCAAAAUCUCUAACUUCCAAACAGAUCUCGCCGAGGUUGAAUCAGGAAUCAGGUCUCUUUGUAUCUACAGUGAUGCUACGGUAAUUCCAGCUGAUGCUUUCUCACACCUCGCAACUCUGGAAUUUCUCGUAAUACACACAGAAAGCUGUAAAAGAGUUCAGUCUGGUGCCUUUUCUGGCCUUGUGAACCUCAGAUAUCUCACACUUGCUUUCAGUUCCAGCAACUGCAGCAAUGUAACCUUGGAAGCUCCUGUAUUUGCUGGACUGGAUCAAGUAAUGGAACUGUCUCUAAUCGGAGUGAGAUUGGAUAACUUUCCUAAUUCCACAUUCGAUGAUCUAGUCGGUUUAGUUGAUCUGACUCUGAUACGACCCUGUGUUCAGGACCUUGGUGAGGUUUUCUGUCACCUUCCGAAUGGAAUCUCUCACUUGGCCAACCUAACUGUAAAUAAUUAUGGCAUGACUUUGAUCACCAACAGAAGCUGUCCGUCAUGGCUAAAGCCGUGGCCUACAUCCGUGCUUGCCGGGAUACAAAACCUAGAGCUUACUGGAGAAUGUAUCAAAACAAUUGAGGCGGACUCUCUGGCUGUGUUUCAGAAUCUGUCAAGCCUUUCUCUAGAUUUUUGUGGAGUGUGGCUUGGAACAAUUUGGGAAUCUGGAGUUGGAAAGGUGAGCAAUUUUGUUUUGUUUGGAAAUAUAAUCCAAAAACAUUCCACGAGCAUCUCGGAGUUGUGUCAUCUAGUUUCUAACCUGAAUGUGAAAUCUCUCUCGCUAAGUUAUACAGUGCUCGAUUCUCUGACCAUGGAUGAUUUGAGAACAUGUGGAACUGACCUAAAGGAGCUUUCUAUAUAUUUUUCAAAAGUUCAGCGACUGGACUUUGCAUUCUGGAGAAGCGUAGAAGGAAUGCAGGUUGUUCACAUGGGCGGAAUGGCACUAAAUAGUGCCCCGUUUUGUGAUGCUGCUAAUGGGACUGUGUGGAACUUAACUAUCCUGGGUCUUUAUUAUAACCAGCUAACAGUGGUCAAAACGCACCAGUUCGUUUGCACCCCAAUGCUCGACCAACUUUUUCUCGAUCACAAUCAAAUCCAGACUCUGGAACCUGAAGCAUUCAGCGGUUUGCAUAGUCUUAAGGUUCUUAAACUCAACUCGAACAGAAUUAAAAUGCUUGCUGCUAAUGAUUUUGUGUCUCUCAGAUUUCUGGAAGUCUUGCUUCUUGAUGACAAUAUAAUCUAUAAAUUUGAGCAAGGGACAUUUAGAAACCAGGAAGCGCUGCGUGAGCUGGCGUUGGGACGAUUGGUUUAUAUGUAUGACUUGCACCUAAAUUUGUUAUUUUAUGGAUUUCCAAAAGAUCUACAACGUCUCAGCAUUGACGCCGGUGUUGGAACUAAUAUCCAUUUUGGUAAUGGACGGCCUAAUGGAACCCUGAUAUUUGAGCUAAAUGGAACUAUGCUUUCCAUUAGGGAUAGGGAUUCUAUAUUUUUGAAAUCCGUCCGAGAGCUUAAACUGAGUGGCAGCACUUUCUACAGUAAGAAUGACUUUUUUGUGCCCUAUUUUUCAAAUCUAGAAUCUUUAGAAAUAAAAGGUAAUCCUGAGAUGUUCACCAUGGAUUAUACACAGAUCAAUCAAUUGAUUUAUCUUAAGCGUCUUAAACUAGUCAAUCUUAACUUCGCAAACAGAACCAACCCUGGUGUUAUUUUCCACAAUCUAAACCACCUGCAGACCCUUGUACUUCAUAACUGCCGCCUGGGUUUUCUGAUGAAGGAGAUGUUCAGGGAUCUGCAUUCUCUAGAGCUUUUUCGCCUGUUCAGUGACAGCCCUCUGAUAUUACACGAUGGGAUCUUUGAUGCCAAUCUUCAGCCGUUUCUCUCAGUUGUCGUACUUGACCAAGCCAACUUCCACUGCGAUUGUGAGAAUGGCUGGUUCCUAGAGUGGGCUCAAAACACAAGGGCGCAGGUCAUCAAUAUGCAGCGGCAGCAAUGCGUCUGGCAUUAUCAAAAACUUAAUUUCUUGAACACCAUGGAAAAGCUAUGUCAGACUGACGUUCAGUACCUGUGCUAUCUGGGCACAGCCGUAUGUAUCAGUCUUCUCCUGUCAAUGGCUGUUAGCUAUCGCUUUGCUUACUGGCCAUGUGUGGUCCUCUUCUUCCGGCUAAGAGGUUACCUGGAAAGAAAGUUUGGCAAGGGAAGGUGGAGGAGAAGACCAAGACUCAGGCAAGAAGAGGAAGAGCUGAUACCGGAGGAGAACAUGAAGUAUGACGCAUUUGUGUCCUUUAGUAGCCAUGAUGAAGCAUGGGUCUUGGAACAGAUGGCCCCAAGGCUGGAGGAACAAGGCCAGCCCAGGCUACGACUGUGCCUGCACCAUAGAGACUUUGAGGUUGGAAAAGGAAUUAUGGAUAACAUUGGCGAUUGCAUCUACGAAAGCCGGCGGACAGUCUGUGUACUUAGUCGUCAGUAUCUGCGGAGCGACUGGUGCAGUUUUGAGAUGCGAGUGGCCACGUAUCGGUUGCUGGAAGAAGAAAAACAUCGACUCAUUCUCAUCUUUCUUGAGCGCAUCUCGCCCUUCGAGCUGAGUGCUUUUCACCGACUGGCUAAGCUGGUAAAAUCACGUACAUAUCUGGACUGGCCACAGGACGAAGCAGAGAGGACUCACUUCUGGGAAAGACUGAGGCAAAACAUAGCUGAUGGAGAGACGGUAAUUAAUAAUUCAUAG